UCAGUCGACAGAUUAGAGAAAAAUCGUUCGCGGACGGUCCUCUUGCUCGUAUCGUUCAGUGGAAGGGCUCUGAGGGAAAGUUUAUUGCAGUGGAAAAAAUGGUCGCUUGUGGCCAAAUUCGUUGGCAAAACGUUAAAAAAGUGUGUUGUCAUAGGCGGCAACAAUAAAAGUUAGCAGUGUAGUGUUAAUUUAACGAGAAAGAACCGGGCGGUGCGUACGAAUAGUGUGUAGCGUGUUUCAUUUGACCAGAACUGUGUUUGGUGGCAGUGAUUCAGUGAAGUGUACAUUGUUGAGCAGAUAGUGGACAAAUCGGUUACGUUCCACACCAGCCCACAACUCGCGUAAACGUACAAAAAUGGGUGAGGACCCGAAAAUAAAGAUACAAGUGUUUCGCCCAACCUGGGAAGAAUUCAAGGAUUUCCCCAAAUACAUCCAACACAUCGAGUCUUUAGGAGCUCAUCGUGCUGGAUUGGCAAAGAUUAUCCCACCACCCGAAUGGAAACCACGCAAAGCUGGCUACGACCUGGAUGGUUUGAACCUGACGAUUCCUGCUCCGAUUUGUCAGGUCGUUGCGGGUAAACAGGGACUGUACCAGCAGAUCAAUAUUCAAAAGAAUCCUCUCACGGUGAAACAGUUCUCGGAGCUGGCCAACACGGAAAGAUAUGCUACUCCGAAGCACUUCGACUUCGAAGAUUUAGAACGCAAAUACUGGAAGAAUAUUACGUAUGUGGCCCCAAUCUAUGGUGCCGAUGUGUGUGGCAGUAUUACCGACGAUGAUUGCAAUGUCUGGAACAUCAAUCGUCUUGGAACGAUACUUGAUUUCGUCAAUCAGGAUUACGGUAUCUCCAUCGAUGGGGUGAACACGGCUUAUCUUUACUUUGGAAUGUGGAAAACUACGUUUGCAUGGCACACAGAAGACAUGGACCUGUACUCGAUUAACUAUCUGCAUUUCGGUGCUCCUAAAACGUGGUACGCUGUACCACCAGAACACGGUCGUAAACUGGAGAAGUUAGCCAACAGUUGCUUUCCAGCAAGCUUUCAAACGUGUGCGGCCUAUCUAAGGCACAAGAUGACGCUCAUAAGUCCGCAGAUUCUAAAGCAACAUAACAUCCCGUUCGAUAAGAUAACGCAGGAGGAGAAUGAAAUUAUGAUCACUUUCCCGUUUGGUUAUCAUGCCGGAUUCAACCACGGUUUUAACUGUGCCGAAUCGACUAACUUUGCGCUCGAACGGUGGAUCGAAUAUGGUAAACGAGCCACCCAGUGCUAUUGCAGUUCGGACAUGGUAAAGAUCUCAAUGGACACGUUUGUACAACGGUUUCAGCCGGAUAAAUAUGAUGCAUGGAUAAAUGGAACCGAUUUCGGACCACACCCAGAGGAUUCGACACACAUCGUCGGUCCUCCGCCACGGUUUAUAGAUAAUGAAAAAGAUGAAGGCAUCGAAUCUUUUACGGAGGAUGGCGAAAAAACACCAAUGAAAAAGGCAUGUAAUAUGGCUGCUAUCAACAUACGAAAAAUGUCGUUUAAGGAGAAAAAUCCAGAUCUGGAUUUGAACGAUAUCCAAAACAAUCCCCAUAUCCCAGACGAUGUAAAGAUGGUCCUUAGUGGGGCGCUCACAGUAGGGGAUGAACCGGAGGAAGAGUUUGAUGAGGAAGAUGUCGGCAAGUCGCUCAGCAAAUCUGAUACCACAUCUGACAGUUUCAAAUCUACAUCUUACGAUCCGUUCGAUUCCGACGAUGACGAGGAUGAAGAAUUUAGUUCCAAGAGUAAAAAGCGAAAGAAGAGGAAACGCGCAGGAAGCGAUUAUGAUGAUGAUUGGUACUCAUCGCACGGAAGAACUCGCAAAACUGGCUCACCGAGAAAGAGGCUCUCGCAGGAACAAAAGGCGGCGAAGGCUGAACGGGAGAAAAAACGUAUAGAGCGAAGGGUUAAACUGGAAGAAAAACGAAAAAAUCGUGAAGAGGAGAAAAAACGUCGGGAAGAAUUACGGAAGCGGAAACAAGAAGAGCGAAAGGAGAAAAAAGAACGAGAGCGAAUGGAGAAGAAAGAACAACGUCAAACGGAAUCGAAACGGAAGGCGAUGGAACGAAUAAAGGAACGAAUGACCAAAGAAAAGCGAACUCCUUCGAAAAAAUCGCAAAAUGGAACAUCAGCUUUGAAAAAGAUGAAAAAUCAGCUGAUGAAGGAAUUGCCGCCGCAGUUGAAAAUGCUGGAGCAUAACAAAAAGUUUGAAGGUAAGAUUCCCCAUCUCAAGAAGCCCGGUGCCGGGGGGGUGCAUGGCAAUGGUGAUACUGAUGUGGACGGUAGCAGCAGCACUAGCAAAUGUGAAGGCAAAGCAGUAACGCCUGUUGGUAAACUCAGUUUGCCGAUACCAUCAUCGACAACUUUGACUGUGAUAGAUAAACCGGGCAAUGGCAUUAAACGGGAACUGAUUAGCGAUGGGGUGGUUAAUGGGAAACCAGCUACGCCACAGUUGAUCGAUAGUGGACUGGCGAAGAAAAUCAGCAGUAUUCCACAUUUGGUGGUGACGAAAAUUGAUGCGAGUGAAGUAAAGAGUCAUCCCUCGUAUAACUCUCGAACUGUAACGACUUCAUGUCAGCCGUCCCUUCCAGUACAAAUAAAUUCUGGCAAAGCAACUGCGGCACAGAAUCUUCCUCAUCGACCAUCUGAUUAUGUUCCUCCUCCAGUCAAGAUUCCCAAACCUCCGACUCCCAUAAAACAGCGAAUGGAUUAUAUGAGUGCAUUCAAUGCUUUCAUUGAGACUAACAGUAACAAAGUACAACCCUUCGUAGCUCCGGUAAUUACAAAACCGCCAACGAAAGCUGUACGAUCGGAGAAGUUGCAGAAUGUAGAACGGACAGCAGAAUUACUAGCAAUGCCGACUUUAUUGCAGCCGCAUGAGCGGCCACUACCAGCCUUGACUGAUAACCCAAUGGCUAACAGCUGUCGAACUUUUGAGACCUCGGCGGGUAGUAUUCAGAUUGUUAUCCGUCAACAGCCAAAGCCACAAGAAAAUGAAAUUAAACUGCACACUUUGCAACCGGUGGCUCCAAUCAUUGCUGUCCCACCCAACAAUGUGCUGAACAUUCAAUACCAGCAACCAGAUUAUUUCCUCCAGCCACAAACAAUGGAACAACCACCUCCCGCACAACAGCUAGUGCAACUGAACCAAUUGACGGAAUCGUUAGAACCGUUCCCCGAGGAAGAACAGUUUCGAUAUUUCGACAUAUCUGGAAACGAAAUUCCCGGUCCUUACCAGCAGACGGUUGUCUACGAGAAGCCUACCAUAGUUGACAGUAUUCACACCUCCAACACCCUACCGAUGGAGAGUGAAAUUGCUGCGAUGCUGUUAGUAAACGAUGUACUGUCCUGACCAAGGCGGAACUUCGGCGGAUACCGAGCAGGAAGCACGCGUCGUCGAAAGGAUUUGAGCGAGACCGGCCGGUCCAGAUCUAGAAAAAAUCGUAAAUGCUGCUCAUCUGAUUUAGUCUAAUGCUCAGUUUACGCUACUUAAAAUGGUUCUGGUGUUUUUUUUCUGAUUGGCACCUAAAAUUCAGCAAACGUGGAUGUUUUAGAACAUUUUAUUUUAGUUUAUUGGCGUGAUCACUAGCAUAAACACACGCAUGUAUGGUAUGAGUGCUUAAAUUGAAAUUUUAACUUGUACAUUCCAGAAUGAACGUUUGAGAGAAUAAACACGACACAGCUAAUUAAUAACGAAUAUAAAAACCAUAUUUAUACCCGCAUUAUAGGUUUAGCCAUUACCAAAAAUUAGCAACACAAUCUUAUGAUAUUAUUUUUUCAUUGGUACUGUAACAUGUCUUUACAUUGUAAAUGUAUAGAACUUGCAUCGCAAUUUCCCUUAGUCUUACUGGGAAUGCUAUCUGGAAGUUUGAAAUACGUCGUACGAAAGUGUGCACACAUGCUUACCCUUUUCAUAAGACCUAACACAACUCAGCAUAGUUAUAGGUAGUUACUAAAACCGUUAAUAUAUCACGUUAUGGUCGGAGCAGUAAAAAAUGUGAAUAAUAAAAGUGACAAGUAGAAAUGCA